AUGCCGCCGCACGCCUCGAGUACCGACCAUCGCGAUGCGCCGCACGCCUCUCGACCAUUUUUCGCGCGCAGCGCGAUGCCGCCGCACGCCUCGAGUACCGACCAUCUUUCGCGCGUAGCGCGACGCCGCUGCCCACCUCGACCAUUUUGCAUGCCUCUCGACCAUUUUUCGCGCGAUACUGCCCGUUGCCGCACGCCUCUCGCCGCCGCCCGCCUCGACCAUUUUGCAUGCCUCUUGACCAUUUUUCGCGCGCAGCGCGAUACUGCCGCAACAGAACCCAAUCGCGAGACCCAGCACAGAACUCGGCCGCCCCGACCAUCCGCACGCCUCUCGACCAUCUUUCGCGCGCAGCGCAAUGCUGCCGCACGCACGCCUCUCCCGACCAUUUUUCGCGAACCUAACCCUAACCCUCUCUCUCGCUGCCGCACGCAGGCCUCUCCCGACCAUCUCUCGCAGUCCCCCCCUCUCGACCAUCUUUCCGCCUCUUGA